GAAUGCGCUUCCCUUCAAAGUAAAAGCACUCUUGUUGUAAUUGUCGCUAGCUUGACAGCCGUCUCGUUUUUUUGCGAGCAGAGAUUUAGGAAUGUGGAGCCCAGCUGCUACGUCACCCGCAAAUCGCCUGGGGUGUCGUCUUCAGAGAACUUUUUUUUUUUUUUUUUUUUGCCCCGUAAACCUUUUCUGUACUAACUUUAACCCUCAGAGAUGCUGGUUUCUGUCUCCAUGGUAACAUCAGCGUUGAGAUUCAAGGGGGCGGAACCGGUGCCGAUUGUCAGUCUUCUGGCUUGUUUCUCCAUACAGACAAAAUCAGUCGAAGAUGCCAUUCCAUGCUGGUGUCUAUUAUCCUUACACCAGUGACACUCCAGGGACACACUCAUCAGCAGGGAUCCCAUCCCUGGUGAACUCCCCGCCCAGCCAGCAAUCCAUAAACGGCCACACCGUACCGCCAUCGGGUAUGACUCCGUCCAGCACCACCUCUAAUGUCCUCCCCUUCAAGUUCCGCCCGCGGAGGGAGAGCGUGGACUGGCGGCGGAUCAAUGCCGUGGAUGUGGACCUGGUGGUGAGCCAGCUGGAUGUGGAUGCUCUUCAGGAGUACAUCAAUACGGUGACCUUUUGCAGCUUGGACGGGGAGCGAUGCCAGCGUUGUCACAGCCCAGUGGACCCAGCGCUGGUUAAGCUUUUGCGGCUGGCCCAGCUUACAGUAGAGUGGCUCCUGCACUGUCAGGAAUUUCUCACCGCUAACCUGCACGCGCUCGAGGAGAGGCUGGUGGCUGUCGGCAGGGAGCGUGAUCAGGUUCUGGCUCAGCUGAAGAAGCAGGAGGAAAAGGAGAAGGAGAUGACCAACGAGCUAAAGCAGAGGAAGAAGAUGAUUCGUAACCAGCAGUCCUUGUUCAUGCCACGAAUCGUCAGUGGCCAGAAGUGUCUGCAUUGUGAUAAGUCCUUCAUCAGUUCCUCCUUCCUCCAGAGUCACAUGCAGCGGCGCCACCCUGAUGAGUAUGAAACCUAUUUGCAAUCAGACAAUGAGAAGAAAUCUCAGAUUGAAAGCCUCAAAGUAGAGAUCAGUACUCUGAAGGAACGGAUUGUUCAACAGCAACAGGCUUUAGAAGCCAAAACAGCUCAGGAAAAAGAGCAGCAGUCCAUGCACAAAGAGCUACUGAGAGAAAUCGAUCGUUUUAAGGCUGAAGAAAUGGCUCGCAUGGACCGGAAGAUCGAGGACAGCCGAGUCGGCAUCCGUCGCGAGAUGGAAUUUCUUUACAGCCGAAAUAUUCAGACUCUAAAUGAAGUGAAUCUGUCUCAAAAAGCUAAGCCUGAAAGAUCUGAACCAGAACGAGACAUGGACAAUUACAAAGAGAUGCAGACACAAAUGCUCCAAAAGCUCGAACACCAGCUGAAAAAACAAGACAUAAAGUGGGAACUCAGACUGCAAGAUGUGAAGGCUCAACACGAGUCCGAAAAGAAUCAGCUGCUGAAUGAGGUGAGCAGAAUACAGGCAUCUAUGUCUGAGCACCAGGAGCACAGCCAGAAGCUGCAGGAGGAGAUGGAAAGGAGGCUGCAGGAGAAGGAGAAAACCAUCAAGGCUCAGAGGGAGCAGAUCAGGAAUAUUUCUUCAAAUCCACCCACCAGAGUAAUUGAAAGACAAGUGAUUGUCAGUUCACCAGCACUGGAGCCUAAACCAGAGCCAAAACCAAAGAGAGUUGUACUUGAGGAACCCAACACUCCUCUAAAGCUGGAUCCUAUACAGGAGCUGUCAGAAGAGGACAAAGAUUCUAGUAGCAUCUCUGAGAAGAGGCCAGUGGAGAAGAAGUCUGAACCUUCAGUUGAGAAGAAAGAGAAGGCGAGCGCCAGUGGGAUAAGAAAAAACCUUUAUCUCAAGAAAGACUUGCGCUCGACGCUGGAGCAACAAAUUACAGAGAAACUGGUGAAGCUGGGGGUGAAACCUGAUCAAAGAGGACUAACAAACAAAGACCUCAGUUCUGUCUUGGCUAAGAUGCGUUCUAAGCGUGACAGUAUUGCAAGGGCGAUGCCGGACUACUGGAACCAAUGGGAAGAACUCGCAAAAUUGUCGAGCAAGAGGCUGACACAUCAGAGGAGAAGCAGUAGUCCUGCUACAGGGCUGCAAACCAGAUCCUCUGGUCAAGCAGGGAUCCGGCUUCGAUCCAGUAGUUUACCUUCCAGGGUGACCCACGUAGUGUCCAGACCUCCAGCAAAACAGUCUAAGACCCCCCAGCCAGUUCCAAGAACCAAGACUACAGUGCAGCUUAAGACAUCCACGCCCAACACAGUGACCACAAUGAGGUCCUUAAUAACCAAGACUCCCCCCUUCAGCUCUGAUGAGGAGUCUCAAGAAAAAGACACAGACACAGAGGAUGAGGAUGAAGAGCCCCAAAAGCAGCAUCCGGAACAAAGGGGCAAAUCACCCCAAUCCAGACCGUACCAGGCCACCCCAGUCCAGGUCAGAACAAACAAACCCAGUCUGGUACAGUCGAGGCAAGGUUCAACCAAGCAGCCACCCCCAUCUAACUCUCAGCACUCGGGGGGGUCAGUGAUGGGUGUGACCAAGACAACAGUCACAAAAAUAGAAAGUGAUGACGAGUGGUCUGAUGUCAGCGAACUGCAGGAGAUCAGCCCAGGACAACUCCAGAGUUUUAAAGACCAGAAUGGCAACGUGGAAAAGAAGACAUUUGGUCAAGAGAGCAAAAUCAAAGACCUGGGCAGGAAAAUUGAGAAGCAGUUUUCAGACAGAGGUAAGAAACCAGCAGGGGCCGUGAGCAUCUUACCACAAAUGAAAGAUGAGGUCCAAGAAAUCACGUACACAGACCUGGAGGAGAGCAGCGACUGGGUGGUCUCCUCCUUAGAGGACGGCACCGGACAAGAAGUCUCAAAACCAACCUACAGCUCAGGGCCACUGAGGAAGAGCCUGGACUCACCCAGUACAAGCGCCUGGGGAACCUCCACAGGAAAGAGUCCCAAAUCAGGUCUGACUGAUGCGGGAACAGGAAGCACACUGAAGGCCACCCUGCACUCGUUCAGUGACUUCAGCGACUCUGACGGUAUCUAGCAAUAAACAGCCUGCGGCUGAGCACGUGAUGUAGCACCACACCAAAACCUCAAGUUACAUCACCGCCUCCACGG